AUGAAGACCUUGCUGACCGAAGAAACCCUGAAGGUGCCAAAGGGUGUGAAGAUCACCAUCAAGUCCAAGAAAGUGGAGGUGAAGGGCAAACAUGGAGACUUGACUCGUGACUUCAAGCACUUGCCGAUCGAGCUGUACUUGGGAGAUGGUGGCAAGAAAGUCAUUGCCCGCAUGUACUUCGCCAAGAGCAAGCAGUGCUCCAUGCUGAACACCAUGUGCAGCCACAUCAGCAACUUGUUUGAUGGUGUUCAGAAGAAGUUCGAAUACAAGAUGCGCCUUGUCUAUGCGCACUUCCCCAUCAACGUGAACAUCAUCAACGGUGGCAAGACCAUUGAGAUCCGAAACUUCUUGGGAGAGAAGGUGGUGCGAACCGUGCACAUGAUUCCCGGGGUGACUGUUGAUAAGAGUGCCUCUACCAAGGAUGAAUUGGUCGUCACCGGCGCUGACAUUGAGAACACUGGCCGUUCCGCAGCCCUGAUCCACCAGUCCUGCUUGUGCAAGAAGAAGGAUAUCCGAAAGUUCUUGGACGGCAUCUACGUGAGACGGAACCAGCACAAGGGCACCACCUCCAAGUCCAACGUGUCGCGGGAGAUGCGGAUGGACUUACUGGCGGAGCCGCUGGGCGCUGGGGCAAAGGUGCCAGCAGGCUCCUCCAUCUUCCGCAUGGGGGAGACAGGCGAUUUCCUGUACUUCGUGCUUGCCGGCGAGGUAGUGGCACGCCGGGGCAAGAAGGAGCUGCGGCGCUACCGCCGCGGCGGCUUCCUGGGCGAGGCGGCGCUCUUCGGCACCAAGGCCACGCGCCGCAUCUUCUCCGCCAGCGUGGCGCGGGGCGGCGGCGGCUGCGCGCUGCUGCGAAUGCACCACAACUUCUUCCGUAAAGAUCUGAAGAACCGCGGCCCCGUGACCUCCUUAGUGGGUCCCGCGCGCUGGCGCUAUCUGGAACAACCCGACCUGGAGCUGCAACCGCAGGAGGUGGACGUUUUUGCCACGGGAGCUGUGUGGUGUCAACUGGCUGCGGGCUCCAGGGCCAUGUCCUUCUUUAGGAUCAAACGUGCGACCACCAUUGAGGAUCUACUGGAUGCUGUGGCGACGCGAGACAUCGGAAGUUUCUACUUCUUGGUGCAGGAAUGGCGUGCCGUUGCAUUGAUCGAAUUGAUGGUACGACGUGCGUCGGCCUAUGAGGCCUUGGUUUGUCUGGAAGAAAAGGAGAACUUGGAGCUGGUGAAGCAUGACAACGAUCAAAUCGAGCCACCGCAAGGCUUCAUCGCCUCGGUCGGCAAGGCGGCCAGUGACGUCCAGCAGGCGGUGAACUCGGCCUUCGAGCUGACGUCCGAUGCGGUGCAGGCCUCGGUGGCGGUGAAGAUGUCGUACAGCGCGCGGCAAAGCGUGCUGCAGCAGUGGGAGAGGUUUAGCAACGUUGUCACUGAGAGAUACGGCCAAGCCAUCGGCGAAGUCUUCGGGGACCUCUACGGCAACCUCUUCGCCAAGGACAUCCUGUGGAUGUUCCGCAACCCCACGCGCGCGCAGCGCUUCCCGGUGCUCUUGGUGCGUUCCGCAGAGGAUGGAAAUCUACUGGCGCGGUGGCAGAUCGGAGCCUCGAUGGUCUUCGAAAGUGAGCUGUGUGCUCGCACUUUGCCCCGCGUCCUGCCCUCCCUACGUCCUGCCCUGGUGGCCGGAUAUCAGAUUGGCUCAGCUGUGGGGCGCAACCGCGCCAUCAACUUCAAACGCUUGUGGAUUGACGCCUUCAUGGGCAGCUUGGAGGUAUCUUUACAGGGUUUUGCCAUGGCUUCAUUCCCCAUGACGUCCGCUGAUCAUGCUGUAGGUGAGAAGGUCUCCCUGGUUUCGAAAUUGUGUUGCUUUGACCCAUGUCAUGAAGCUCACAUUAUGGAAGCUCUGUACGACAAGGUGACGUUCAAACUGCAUGGAUUACUGGAUGGUUCUCAUGAGCGAUUUAGCCUGAUGAAUGUUCGAUAUCAGCAGCAAUAUCCAACUCCGAAUGUGGCACUGGAACAUGAUUGGCUGCUUCAGACAAUUGAAGAUCCCCCUGCCUCCAUACUGACAACGACACAUGGUGAAGUGGUGAUUUCACGACACAGGUCGCAGAGCUUGCAGUCCAAAAGUGCGAGGGUUCACACGGUCGGUGCGGCCAGCACGAUCUCCUUGUGCGGCAAGGAUUCUCAGCUGAAGGCUGGUGAUGACCCGUGGAUUGCACAAGAUCCUUGGAAACAGUAUACCCAGGGCAAGUCUGCCUCAUGCAUCCCAAGUGCCAGUGAUGGGAUUCAGCAACUUGCUGAUAGGAUCCAGAAUGAAGUCCUUCGGAAAUUGCCGGCUAUGACCCAGAUGGAACAGGAUGACAUGCCAGAACGUUUGUCCACCCUGGAGAAUCAGGUUCAGCAGCUGAUGGGACAGCACAAGGCUUUGGAUCAGAAUGUGCAGGAUUUGUCAAAUCAGAAUGCUCAGCAGUUCGCACCGAUGCAAUGCCAAUUGACCCAGCAGAGCCAACAGUUGCAAGGUCAAAUCGAUGGGCACUGUCAGAAUAUGCAGGCACUGAUGGAACACCAAAUGGUGCAGAUCCGAGGAUCGUUUCGAUCCGUGCCAACGAUGGCGUCGCCAUCAGGCCAGGGGUCACCCACUGGAGGAGGCAGCGGAUCAGGCCAAGCUGAGCAGAUGCUGAUGCAGAUGUUGCAACAACAGCAGCAGCUCAUGAUGGGGCAACAGGCGCAGCUGGAUAACCUGGCCAGACUAGUAGAGCGGCAGGCUCCUGCGCAUCCCCGGGGCUUAGUGGACUUGAAGGCAGUUGGUCGCCCAGAGUCUCUUGGUGGGAACCUUGACCAAGCUACGUCAACUUGGCGGCAGUGGAGCUACAAGUACGAACUGUGGCUGGCCUCCCAGUGGGAAAAUGGAGCUCAAGUGCUGAGAUGGUGCGAAGCUGAAACGGCCACCAUCGACCAAGCAGUGCUCACAGCAAAGGCUGCAGAACCAGGUUUUGAGACACUUCCCCAGCUGAACCGGCAACUUGAAGUGACACUAGCUUCCUUGACAAAGGAUGUGCCUGGCGAUAUUGUCUUCAACUCACACCGUGGAUCUGGGUGCGAUGCAUGGCGCAGACUGUCUGCAAGGCUGAACCCAAACAACCCUCUGUCCAAUCUGCGGCUACUGCGGAAGAUCAUGUCUCCAUCCCAGGUCACGGACAUCUCUGAGCUCCACCCUUCCCUUGAAAGAUGGGAGAGCUUGCGGUCAGACUACGCAAAGAGGCCAGGGUGCAGCGACUUGACUGAUGAGCAAGCACGUGUGGUGCUGUUGGCUAUGGUUCCUGAUGCUCUGCGGGAGUACCUGGACUUGAACCUGGGCCGUUUGAACAGCUAUGGUCUCCUACGCAAUGAGGUGCUGGCCUACGCAGAGCAGAAGCGACAGCGAGAAGCUGACGACUCUUCUGGAGCCCAACCCAUGGACGUGGAUGCGCUGACAAAAGGUUCUGGAAAAGGGAAACGUGCUGCCACCAAAGAGGACUUGUGCCACCACUGUGGCAAGCCUGGUCACUUCAAGCGUGACUGCAGGCAACUCAAGGCCGAAGGGAGGAAGAAACCACCGCCCAAGGGCCGCGGGAAAGGUCGCGGCAAGGGUGGCGGCAAGAAAGGAUCCGCUGCAGAGCUGGAUGGCGGGGAAGAAGAGAAUGAGGAGCCAGAAGGAGAGCAAGAGGACGCAGAAGAAUUUGCAGACAUCGGCUUCCUUUCCGUCCUGACAGCUGAGGAGAAGUCCAUGCUGAACAAGGCCGUGGAAUUAGCUGAAGAUCCGGAUGAGGCCGACUACUACGAAGACUGCCUGUGGAAAGAAAGUCUUCCCACUGGCUCGGCUUUGGAAAAGCUUUGUGGCUUAGGACUGCUUCAGUCCGAGCCAUCCUCCAGUUCCACCGCGCUCGCCAGCCAAUACGUGAGUACCUGCCCAGCCUCUAACAAGGUCUACGGCGACAACUCUGCAAGCAGCGCGCCCACUGGACUGCGAAUGGCCACCAGGGCUCUGUCCAGUCAAAUGGCAAGCUGCAUGCAGGACCUUCGCGUGGCCAUGGCAAAGGCAGAGGAAGAUGGCGACCUGGAGGAGCUUGAGUCUUUGCGCAAGUCACGGCAAGAACUACAGGCUCAAUCCGAGAAGGCAAAAGCACAAGGCCAAGAUGUCCGCCGUUCUCGCAGCAGACGUUUCCAGGCAGACAUUGAGGCUGGCAAGAAUGCCCGAGAGGCAUGGCGAAAGGAGAAAUCUCGUCUUCGAGCUGGCAAACACCGCCAACAAUCAAGGCCAGAGCGAGCUGCCGAACGCAUGGCGUUGGAAGAGGAGUGGACGGUCAAACACCGUGCUCCUGGCGCUGCUUCGCACAAGGAGAAAGCAUACCCACUGAUGCCUCAUCUGGAGGAUGAGGUUUCUGCUCCGUUGACCAAGAGUGAGCGUCUGGACUGCAGGCAAGAGUGGGAUGAAGCUUGCCCUACUGUGCGAGAAAGGCAAUGGAGCAAGUCAGGAAAGAAGCAGAAAACUUGGCAGCAGAAACAAGCCAAGGCGAGGCGCGAGGAAGGAAGGCUGAAAAGGAAGCAGGCAGCGGAGGCUGCGCUUUCCUGUCACAAGUCUCCGCCUGGGCCACCUCCCUCUGAAAAUAAAGCUGGCUCAGGGUCGGUUCGACCCGAGCCAAAACAACUCAAGCCAAGUCCGCCACCUGGACCACCGCCAUGGUGGAAUGGCAAGGACGCCGCCAGUGGACGGGUCCUAGCCCUGGAGUCACCGGUGGAGGAGGCGAAGUCUGCGCAAACUAAGUGGCAGAAAUUGGUUGUGACUUUGGACUCUGGAGCAUCAGACAACGUGAUGCCAGUGCACCUUGCCAAGCAACAGUGCAUGGGUCCUGUCAAAGGCGUUAAAGAGUUUGCCACGGCGACAGGGUUCAAAAUCCCUAACCUUGGCAGCGUCACAAUGGACAUGUACCUGCCAGACUGGCGCAAGUUCUCUUCCAACUGGAGCGUGGCUGACGUGAAGCGUCCUCUGCUGUCCAUGACGAAAGUUUUGCAAAAUGGGCAUAAAGUAGUGAUGGAUGCAAAGUGCUCCUACAUCCAAAUGAAGAGUGGCCAGCGCAUCAAUCUUGACCUCAGUACUGGUGUGCCCACCUUCAGCACAUGGGUGCUGAUGCCUUUUCCCGGGCAGCCAAAGAUGACUCAGGCGACAGGAACAGGUUUGGUUCAAGCCGUUCCUGAAAUUCAACCGGUCCAAGUGCCUCAAGCUGCAGUCGAGGGGACUGAGGCUGCCAACCGGCAGGAGGCUUCCGAAGGCUUGCUCGAAGCUGACGAAGCUCAACUUGCGCAGCCGUUGUCCACUCCCGACCAGCCCACAGAGCAGAUGAUCCGCGAACAUGAAGUCUCCCAUAUACCGUACCGCGCCUGGUGCACUGCUUGCGUGCGUGGGCGAGGGCGAACAAUGCAGCAUCGCCGGGUAGACCACUCGGACAACUUAAUCCCAACUCUGUCCAUGGAUUACGGGUUCCUUGGCGAUGGCCUUCCCUUUGUCGUUCUUCGCGACAGAAAAAGCAAGGCAAUCUUCGCUCACCUUCUCCCUCACAAAGGCGUUGCGUACAGCAGUUUUCCCGAGCGUGCAAUCCUCCGCAAUCUUGCAUUUCUGGGUUACAAGCGGCUUGUUCUCAAAAGUGAUCAGGAAAGUUCUUUGAAAGCUCUCCGUGAAGCGGUUGCCAAUGGCUACCCCGCAGAAGUCACGUGCGAAGAUGCCCCCAAAGGUGGCGCGCACGGGCAGAGCAAUGGCGAGGCUGAACGUGCGGUCCAAACCAUCCAGGGAAUGGUCAGAACGCUUGUCUCGCACAUUGAAGAAAAGACUGGGCAACCACUCGGCAAUACUUCCCCUGUCAUUGCUUGGGCAGUUGAGCACGCUGCAACUUUGCAUCUGCUCUUCUCAAAGGACACAGAACUGAAGGAUGGCUUGACGCCGUUCCAGCGAAUCAAGGGGAGAGCUUGGCACAUACCGCUGCCAUGCUUCGGUGAAAUCGUCGAGUUCCGCAAGCGCACGGAAACCAAAUCUGAGCCUCGGUGGGAAUCUGGCAUCUACCUUGGAACUCGCAUCACCUCCAGCGAGAAAAUCAUAGGAACUGCCCAAGGGACGUUUGUGGUCCAAUCCCUCAAGCGAAAGCCGCCUUCUUCGCAAUGGGACAUGGACUUCUUGAAAGAGUUCAAAUCUCUUCCUUGGAGCCUGAAGCCUGAAGGUCCCACGUCCAUUCCUGCUCCUGCUGACAUUGCUCCGGAACUUCCGGACGCUGUGGUGCAGGGACCGGUUCGGCCCGCGCCAAAGGAAGAAGCGGGGCGCAGGAUGUACUUAAGGAAAGCCGAUUUCGACCAAUUCGGUUUUACCGCAGGUUGCAGCGCCUGCGACGCAUUGCGUGAAGGUCGCUCUCGUGCUGGCAUACUCCAUUCGGAUCAUUGCCGUGAUCGGAUCACCAGUCGUCUCAAGGACACUCCGGCAGGGAAAGAUUGCCUUGAAGCGAACCUGGAACGCGAAAACAAGUACCUUGCCAGGUACAUCGAGCGGGAGGAUACUGCGUCAAAAGCAUCGGCGUCGUCGCGCGCUUUGCCUUCUACCCUUGAGCAGGGCACGCCUUUGCCUAGCGCGCCUGUUUCUCACAGCCCCAUGCCGAUGACUCCAACCAUGGAAGUUGAGCAGCCCGUCGACCCAGAAGAUAAGAAGAGGCCUCUGUAUGAGCCGGCGUCAACAAUGCGACAGAAAGUCGCGCGUGCUUCGCCAACAACCUCUGGAAUUCCUGCUCCCUCCUCACGAAAGCGUGUUGCUCAAGACCAAGGGGAUGAGGACAGGAUCAGGGUUCUUGAGUCAGACAUGCGCGCAGAAGCUCAGAAAAGACCUUUGGAGCCAGGAGGCGACCUGGACCAGCUGCUGGCGCAGGGCGAAGAUCUGGUAGAUGGUGCUCUUGCUGCGCACCGCUCUGCUGUCCUUGCAAACCUGAUUGCAGAGCAACCGCACCGCCCACUUGCUGAUAUAAAAGACGAGUUCGAGCCAUGGUUCCUGGAGCAGUCCUUCUACGAUGACAACACUGGCAAGCCACUCCCCUCUAAGGGCGUUAUGGAAGCAAGGUAUGAGGAACUGCAGGUGAUCAAGCAGAUGGGUGUCUGGGAGGUCAUCAAAAGACCUAGGAAUGAAAGGACCAUAGGCACAAGAUGGAUCGACAUCAACAAGGGCGACAAUCUGAGACCAAAACUCAGAAGCCGCAUUGUGGCGCAAGAGCUGCGUCGCAAGCCAUCCCACACUGGAAUGCCCGAAAGCCAUUGGGCAGACUUCUUCGCAGCCAUGCCCCCAUUAUCCGCCAUGAAGGCCCUCCUUGCUUUGGCCACCACUGCGCGGGUACCGGACAUGGCAGGAAAACUGCAACCUAUGCCAAAGGACAUGGUCUUGAUGUUUCUCGACAUCAAGAAGGCCCACUUCUGGGCCCCAGCCCGUCGAAGGAUACUGGUUGAAUUGCCCGAUGAACUUGGACUGUCCAAAGACUAUGUGGGACUCCUUCACCGUUCCUUGUACGGAACAAGGGAUGCUCCCCUUAACUGGGAAAUGGCAAUUCGCGAUGUGAUGGUGCAACUGGGUUUCCAGCAAGGCCGCUCGUCGCCUUGUUUGUACUACCAUCCACAGCGGCACAUUCUGUGCUCUGUCCAUGGAGACGACUUCAUGGUCCUAACUGGGCACAAAGAUGCCAUUUGGCUGCGUGACCAUCUUGCGGAAGCAUGGACCGUUGAAACCCGAGGCAUCCUUGCUCCUCCUGACAGCAAUUUGCCCGAUUGUGUUCAACAACUGUCAGUCUUGAACCGCUUGAUCACGUGGUCGGAUACCGGCAUUGAACUUGAGGCCGACCCACGGCACGUAGAACUGAUCGUGACAGACCUGGGUCUCAAAGGCAGUGUCCCUGUCACUACACCUUUGCUGAAAGCCAAAGCUUCUGAAGAAGUUGAUGAGACUCCGCUGUGUGAUCAGGACGCUAGCCGCUACAGAUCCAUUGCGAUGCGCAUUGGGUAUUUGGCUUCAGACAGGCCAGAUCUUUUGCGAUCCACACGAGAGCUGGCUAAAGGCUUGCAACAUCCUACUUGUCAUCACUGGUCUCUCCUCAAAAGAAUAGGGAGGUACUUGAGUGGUCAUGGACGACUAGUGCAGAAGUUCAACAACCAGGACAAGAUCACCGAACUCACAGUCUGGUCCGACAGCGACCAUGCCGGGUGCAUCCGUAGUCGGAAAUCGACCAGCGGCACUGUGAUCGCUUUGGGCAGCUCAUGCAUUGAUGCCCGUUGCAAGGGGCAAGCUCUGAUAGCACUGUCCAGCGCCGAAGCGGAGUUCUAUGGUCUUAUCAGCUCUGCCUCUCACGGUCUAGGAGAACAGUCCAUGCUGAAGGACUGGGGCAUCUGCUGCCCGCUCGUGAUCAACAUGGAUGCAACCAGCGGCAUUGCCAUAGGUAGUCGUCGUGGUCUUGGGCGGGUCAAGCACAUUGACACAUCCUUCCUUUGGAUCCAAGACUGCGUGCAGGAAGGCAAGAUCAGUUUGCGCAAGAGGUGGGCUGUCACCAAGAUUCGCGCCAAACGCCUGGUGCGGCGACGGGUGAAGUGGGACACGCUGGGCAGCGCGCUGAAGGAGUCGGUGGUGCGGGGCCAAACUGCCCGGAACCUGGUCUUGACGAAAUUCGGGCGCUUGCCCACCAAGUACGACCAGAACGAUCCGCAAGUACUGCAACUGUUGCCUUCCAAAUGGGUGCCUGAGAUCGGCUUGCCCUUGGCCAGCGGCGUGGGGCGCGGCUUCAUGACCAAAUGGUGGAAGGGCUUUCGAUCUGGUUGGCGCAGGAGGUAUGUCAGACCUCGCUUUGAAACCUGGGAUUUGGAAGACGUGCCGGAGGUCAUCCUGGAUUUCGCACGCCGACAAGGUGCAGAACAGGCGAACUUGGUGGCCUCGUCAGUGGGUGACACCAUGGCACGCGAUUGGGGCUACUGGACCGGACACUUCACAGGCAUGGUUUCGGGCUUGAUGCUGUGUAUGCUGGGCAAGUCCAAAUCGCUGAAGGACGACACCGGGAUGAUUGUGGCGGACGGUCACCUGGAGGAGGAUCGGGAACUCAUUGCGCUGGAGCAGUACAUGGGAGAUUCCAAGUACAAAGGAACUUGA